AUAAGCAAGAACUUUAAAUUUUCAGUAACGGAUGAACAAAUUAUUUGGAUAGUUUCCCUGUUCAAUAUUGGAGAUCUAUUCGGUGGAAUCAUAAAUCCUUUAUUCAUCGAUCGCAUUGGACGAAGAAAUACCCUUUUUUUCCUCUCACUACCAAGUUUAAUUGGAUGGUGUCUUAUAAUAUUUGCUCAAAAUCAUAACUACCUCUACAUUGCAAGAUUUCUCGGCGGAAUUAGUCAAGCAAACGCCUUUAGUUCUCUAUCAAUCUACUUGACAGAAAUUUCGGAAAAAAAUAUUCGAGGAAUAUUAGUGAAUAUAUUGCAAGUAUCACUGUACCUAGCCAUAUUUAUUUUCUCAACAAUCGGUACCUUUGCUUCCUAUGAAAUUUUAAAUUUUUCUUCUCUUUCCCUUUUAAUUAUUUUUCUUAUAAUAUGUCCAUUUUUACCUGAAACACCCUACUUCUAUCUUUUGAAAGGAAGGAGACAUGAUGCCUUGAAGUGCAUGAUGAAAUUAAGAGGGGUAAAUUCUGCAGAGAAAUUAGAAGUUGAAUUACAUAAUAUGGAAUUAGUAGUUGAAGAGGAUAAGAAGAAUUCAAGGAGAAUGGCAUUUUUGGAAUUAUUCAAAAAGAGUUAUAAUCGAAAAGGAUUACUAAUUGUAUUCUCAAUGAGGGCUACCAUGAUGCUCUCGGGUAUUAUCAGUAUAAUUGCCUUUGCUGAAGAUAUUCUAAGUCAAAAUAAUCUUCCCCUUAAACCUGGAAUUCAAGUAAUGAUUUUAAACGGAGUUGUUGUACCAGCUUCCCUAUGUACCAGCUUAUUUAUAGAUAGAAUUAGCAGAAGAGCUUUAUUUUCCAUAACUGGUGUACUAUCUUCAUUUUGCCUACUAAUUGUCGGGCUUUUUUUCUUUUUAAAGUACUUUCUCGAAAAGGACACUAGCUCCAUUGCUUGGCUACCAGUUGUUUCACUAUCGUUAUUUCAAAUAUUUUUUGUUUUCGGAUUUGGCAUAAUUCCACAUAUAGCUAUUGGAGAACUUUUUCCAAUAAACGUGAAAAGUAGUGCAGUUUCCUUAGGCAGACUUGUGACUGCAAUUUCUGCAUUUCUAACUACUGCUGCAUAUAAACCUCUAAAUAAAAACUUUGGCAUCUACACGACAUUCUGGGUUUUCGCAUUUCUUUGUUUCGUUGGGUCUUUAGUUACCUAUUGCAUAUCACCGAAUACAACGAGAAUGUCAUUAGAGGAAAUUCAAGCGAUGCAAAAUCCAGAGCUAAAAAAUAAACUUAAUUCGGAAUAAAAAUCUUCUUAUUAAAUUAUUCGUAACAUUGUAUCCUAGUAACAAAAAUCGUUUCUUAAAAUAAAAUUAAGCUACGUGACUAAUCUUUUUUAUUUUUCAACACUAAUGAAACCUUCUAUUAAUAUGUAAGUAU